AUGGCGGCCGCGGGGCGCGCGCAGGCGGCGCGGGACCGUGUCCCCAGGAUCGAUCCGUAUGGGUUUGAAAGGCCUGAAGACUUUGAUUAUGCAGCUUAUGAAGAAUUUUUUUCCACCUACCUGGUGAUCCUCACCAGGAGAGCCAUCAAAUGGUCCAAACUUAUAAAGGGCGGCGGUGGUGUCCAGAGGAGCAUGACCGUGAAGCGCUACAUCCGCAAGGGCGUCCCACUAGAGCACCGGGCCCGCGUCUGGAUGGGGGUGAGCGGAGCCCAGGCCCAGAUGGACCGGAACCCCGGCUACUACCAGCGCCUCCUGCAGGGGGAGCGGAGCGCCAGCCUGGAGGAGGCCAUUCGGACAGACAUGAGCAGGACCUUCCCCGACAACGUGCGCUUCCGGAAGGACGCGGAGCCUUGCCUGCAGGGGCUCCUGUACAAUGUGCUGCUGGCCUACGGGCAUCACAACCCCGGCGUGGGCUACUGCCAGGGGAUGAAUUUCAUCGCUGGGUAUCUGAUCCUGGUGACUAAGAGUGAGGAAGAAGCCUUCUGGCUGUUGGACGCCCUGGUGGGCAGAAUACUCCCAGACUACUACAGCCCCUCGAUGCUGGGCCUGAAGACGGACCAGGAGGUGCUCGGGGAGCUGGUGAGGCUGAAGCUGCCGGCAGUGGCGGCGCUGAUGGACGGCCAUGGCGUGCUGUGGACCCUGGUCGCGUCCCGCUGGUUCAUCUGCCUGUUCGUGGAUGUCCUGCCCGUGGAGACGGUGCUGCGCGUCUGGGACUGCCUGUUCAGUGAGGGGUCCAAGAUCCUCUUCCGAGUGGCCCUGACCCUCCUCAAGCAUCACCAGGCUUCCAUCCUGGAGGCCACCAGCGUCCCCGACCUCUGUGAGAAGUUCAAGGAGGUCGCCCGGGGCCGUUUCGUGACCGAGUGCCACAGCUUCAUGCAGAGAAUAUUCUCGGAGCCUGGCAGCCUGUCCAGGGCCAGCAUCGCACGGCUGCGGGAGCGCUGCAGGGCGCGGCUGCUGGUGCAGGGCUGA